AUGCAGAGUUCAUCAAAAACAACAAAAGCUGACAAUGGAAUUACAAAUACUCCAACAAGAGACGAUGAUGAUCCUGUUAUUGAGAAUACUUUGUCAAGCAAUAACGAUUCACAGCAAAGACAAGAAGUCACAGAAGAUAGUUCAAUUCGUGCUGAGAGCCAGUUGUGCAAUCAAGAACCAAAAAAACGGAAACAAUCCACCCUUAUCAGUUGCUUAGAGAGAAGUUCAAGUUUUGAAGAAGGUGGACAAAAACACAAUGAAAUUACUCAGGCACUAGUUUACAUGAUUUGUAAAGAUAAUAUCCCACUAUCAUGUGUGGAAAAAAAUGGCCUUCAAAAAUUUGUUCGCACGGUUAGUCCUCUCUACAAACUCCCAUCUAGAAAAAAGGUGACUCGCUUGAUAGAAAACAGAUAUAAUACUACAAAGGAGGUUCUAAUAAAAGCUUUAGAUGAGGCAAACUAUUUAAGCUUCACAAGUGAUAUACUUACAAUUACUAAUUCAACCAGAAGCUUUUUAGUAUUAACGGCUCAUCUUAUUGACCCCAUAAUAGGGAAGAGUUCACCUACCAUUCAGAGUAUAAAUUUACGUGCGCAGAAAUUAUCACAGAGUCAUACAGCCGAGUACAUCAAAGAAACUUGGGAUAAUAUAUGUGAAGAGUUCGUUAUAAACAAAAGUAAAAUCGUCUCUAUCACCACUGAUGGUGGCGCAAACAUGGUCGCAGCAGUGCGAUUAUUUAUUGGAAAUGAUCGUAGGGUUCCCUGUAUGGCCCACUGCUUAAAUUUAAUUGUUGAUGGGGUACUAAGAGAAACUCAUGAGUUUUCAGCACUCUGUGACCAUGUUGAAUGCAUAGUAACAUUUUUUAAACAAUCGGUAAAUGCCUCGGACCAACUAAGAGCUGAACAACAAGUAUCGGGAAAAAAAGAAGGCGAAGUAUUGACACUAAUUCAAGCAGUCAGAACUAGAUUGAAUUCGUGCUUAGAUAUGUUGGAACGAUUUGUUAAACUGUCUGCUCUUGUAGGAAAAAUUUUGCCCACAAAAAGUCAAACCAACAGAAAAACACCUGAUAUGGUUGCAACUUCGCAGCUUAACGUAUUACGAGACCUUAUGCCCUUCUUGGUCCGUUUAAAGAAGCGACUGAAGAGAUAA